GGCUGAGAUUCUGAGAUAAGUUAUACGAGUCCUUUUUCAUUGCCGGUUUGGGAAAUACGGUGUAUUCCCGGAUUUCGGAAAUAUAUUCUGCCGAGACCCUCCCCGCUGACGUCUGACGUUUGUCAAUCAGGGUUCCGAUAUCCCGCUCACAAAAUUUCUAUCCCCGCUGCCAAACAUUCGUGAACAAUCUAAUCUCUACGAUUGCUACUACAUUUCAUUGUCCUCAGGUGCCCUGGGGUUCCGAUUACCGUCGAGGUGGCUAUCCUUACUUCAGCGAUGUUUGAUCACUCCUCAUAAAUCUGGCUCCGCACACAUUUUUUCCCACUUCUUUAAAUCAGCCAUGCCUCUCGUUGAGAUAAGGGAACUCUUAUCGUUCCCUGAAAACGGAGACAAUGCUACGGACACGGUGAUCAAUUAUGUUCACUUCAAUCGGACCGCGCUAGAAUAUUUCAAUUAUAUCCUCUAUUCCAAUGGAACUCUAUCAAACGGCUCGAACUGUUGGCUUUCAUUUGGCAUGUACCAGCCUUCUAUGCUAUCAAACGGAUCAUUUAUUAAUGCCACUUCUUGUUAUUUUCCGGUCGAGGGCCUCGAGGCCAGGGGAAGUGCCGGGAUUGCUUUCGCUUCGAUGUUUGCAAUAACGAUAAUGUUCACCUUGAUAAACCUGCGGAAGCAUGGGAAACGGUUCUUACCGUUAGAGAAACGAUGGAGGGUCAUUGGAAGGAGAUGGCAGUGGUAUUGGAUGCUCUUCGUUGCAGCCUGUGGCACGAUAAGCUGUUUCAUGGGCAUUGAUGUCGAUCGGAACUACUUGCAAGGACUUGCCCUUUCUCUCCAGAGUUUGUUUUUUUACCUGCUCUUACCUGGACUGCUGGCUGCAGUAUGGGAAGGAGUCAGGCAUUGGGGCUCGUGGCAGGAACGGCAGAUCUGUGACCGCGACACCGUUGCAUUCUCGGAGGCUUCUACGAGGGAAAAACAGGAAUUCUACUUGCCAUUGAUUUUCUACCUUUUCGGCUGGCUUAACUUCUUCAUGGUCAUUCCCAGAAACUGGAACUCGAUCCCAAAACAACGCAGCGAGGACCAAACAAUGAGCGUAGCGAAGCCAUCCGCAACAGACGGGCGUUUUAAAGCGGGGAGCAUUCUUGCGGCCGUGUGCUUGGUUAUCAUCUGUUAUAGCCUUGGGCACAGCGUCUACAGAUACAAGGAACGACCUGUAAACAGGUCCAGUUUGAUUACUUUCUAUUUAACCUCUGCACCCUUGAAAUUCAUCAUCUGCAUCAUUCUAACAGGCCUCCGCGUUGGAUUUGGGGUUGCGUCCACAUUCUCCUGGGAUAUUUCCCCCGUUAAAUAUGACGGCAAUGCCGGUUGGCUCUACGGGCUUGGCUAUGCUCCUGCAUUACUCGUUCUCGUUGUUCUGAACAUCUGGGGUUACAUCGAUCCUAAUGAAGACAAGUACCUCAUUGAGCAACGCCGUGAACGUGGACGCGCAGCUGACGCUGAGCUUGGUAUCGAGGCUGGAAAACGAAAGCCAGCCUGGUGGCGUCGAUUGCACCCUGACUUCCAGCAUGUGUCUGGCAACGAUCCUAACGCUAGAUUAAAAGCCCUGACUACUGAAAUCGGAGGCGGAAGGCCUACGCAAAAGAACUUGGAGCAUUAUAUUGAAAUGGGAACAAUCUCUACGGGCACGCGGGACCAGAGUGGCCAUACCUAUGAUGUGGAGAGUCCAAGCAAAAUUAUACCAAACGAUCCAAUAGCGGACUCGGUCUCAAGAAUUAACACUUCUAUACCAUUGAAUCCGACAGGUCAGAAAAUGCGGCCUCCUAGUAGGUCGGGCAGUCAGGCAACACUUUCAUCCGGAGAGACGCUUCAUCAAACUCAACCACCUCAAAAAGUGAGGAGUAUGUUGGAUGUCUGAACAAUUUUGGUUUAUUAUUUAUAGUAUCAGUUUCCUGCGCCCGUUUAUUUCUUGGAAUUUUUCUAUAUACAUCGUUCAUGGUACAUACAGUCUGGAAAAGCUUGGCGAAACUCAGGCGCUUGGGAUCUGGGAAGGAGGUGUGUUCGCGAAGGCUCGGCGAUUAUAUUGUUAGGCCACUGGGCCAAAAGAGCUCAAUCUCACCACCUGUGUGUGCUGAUGGUAGAGGGGUUGAACCAACCCGGGACCCCCAACAUAUAUCAAUCGUGCCGCGCCUGAAUAGAGGCGCACACAAAGCAAAAACGGCUUCCUGAUGACCAUAGGAUGUUGGACUGUUUCCAACCUCCGUUACGACCCGGUUGAUGAUUGAUUCACGAGAACGCUGGCUGUGGAUCCUCAGGGAAACAAGGAAAUAUGAGUUUUUCAUUACUUCCUAUUUUAUUUUUGGAAUAUUGGUUUAUAAAUUGUGUACGACUCUUAGAGAUCUACUACCCCCUAAAUUUGGACAUGUUUUUUGCAUUCGACCUUAAUUUGGAAUAUAUCACUGCAAACUGGACUCAAGACAUAAUAAAUAUAUAAUUUUUUUAUCCAUUCACUCCUGCCAAUAAGCCCCAAUACGCUUCGGAUCCAUACAUGAACUAACAAGAAUCCUUUGAUGGCUGGAGAACUGUCAAUCAACGCACUGCAUCUCAUUGAAUCAGCGUUUUUUCAGUCUCAGUUUUGUAAGGAUCUGUUUCACAACCUCCCCGAUCCUUCGGGCAAGAUCUAUUUCUAUCUCAAUCGUCCGCUACGAAGUCCAUGGAGAAAAAUAAGCUUUGCAACCUUUACAAUUGGACUUUCAAGUCUAUUCGCUAGAAACACGAAUCUUCGCCGAUUUUAUAUCGCAUAGAUGACAGGGGAUAAUCGAGUUGAGUGACAUUCUUGUCAAGAUAUCUCCGGCUUGGUCGACAAGGAUUUUUGGUCCCCCUCCCCUUCUCCGAAAUUUUAAGUAGUCUUUAGCUCAGCUUAUGGUUUGAAGCUGUCAUGUUUUAGAUCACGGUGUUAGCCUUGAGCCCCUACCCUCAUCUUGCGAAUGCUUGGGUCGCACUUAUGUGUGCUUACUGAAAUGCGCCGAUGUCCUAACUAUGUGCCUUCCCCCCGGAGCCUGGCGCCUUGACAUGGAUGAUAUCGGGGUUCGGAGCCGCAUAGCGAAAUCCAUACAUGUGCCAAGGUGCUCGCCAUUUCCUUGGAGUAUUUCCUAGACACCCAAGUUUUCUAAUCUUGGAACACGCAGACGGGCUAGUACUUACUACGUUGCUGAGCUGAAUUACGGAGUACGGAUGAACCAGUGGCCCUGGAUGACACCCCCCCGGUGUGUUGGUAACUUUGCUGAUGUGGGCGAGACAAUGAGGGAGAAGCCAUUUACACACCGGGUUGAUAUUGAGCCGUACUCCGUUUACUGAAAGAUGAUGCACCAUACGUCCGUAAAAAGGUUGGAGUUGGCAAUCCAUUUACUGCCUAAUAAUCCUGGAUAAUCCACAUCAAUGUACUCUAGCAAAUAUGCAAACAACUGCUCUUAGGAAUCAGGCGUCUCGUAGACGGUGUUAUACCGUUAGUAUUUACAGGCACAAUUUGAAGGCUAGUGCUGCAGGAAGAUCGAUCACCUCGAUAUGGAUUUUUGGCUGAAGGGAAGACGGAAGCAAGCCCCCGCCAUUGCAUUUAGAUAUACCGGGAGCAAUUUGCCAUGUAUUUGUGUUACAAUAGGAAGAAAAUGAUACAAAAAGGAACACUGGGUUCCAUCGCGGCACCCCGGGGGAAAAAAAUGGUUAGAAAGAACGAACAUUAUUUAACACAUUCAUCCCUCUUUCAAUGUUGAGAAACCUUGGAAGUUAUAAAAAACUCUUCAUAAUAAAUACUAGAUAUGAAAACAGGGUAAAACGCGGACUCAGCAAGACAGUUGUCAUAAUAAUAAUAAUAACAACAACAAC